CACACACCGAAAUUUCGUUUGGUGAAGCAAAAAGCGCAAAUUCUGGAGACAGCCUCUUUUUUGCCUUUUACAACAUCAACUUUUGAUACCCAAUUCCCAUCCACCAACCACUACCCAAAAAUUCAUUUGCCCUUAAACAACCUGCCUUCGUAAAUAAGAAGAUAUGGGGGGCAAAUCUGCGAACAAGGCCGGCUACUUCGACAAGCUCAAGGGCUUGCUCGAGGAGUACAAGUCCAUCUUCAUCGUCACCGUCGACAAUGUCAGCUCUCAGCAGAUGCACGAGAUCAGACAGUCCCUCCGUGGUGAGGGUGUCGUCCUGAUGGGAAAGAACACCAUGGUUCGCCGUGCCCUCAAGACCUUCAUCCCCGACUCCCCCGAGUACGAGCGUCUCCUUCCCUUCGUCAAGGGUAACGUCGGUUUCGUCUUCACCAACUCCGAGCUCAAGGACAUCCGUGACAAGAUUCUCGCCAACAAGGUCGCCGCCCCUGCCCGUGCCGGUGCUCUCGCCCCCGCCGAUGUCUGGGUUCCCGCUGGCAACACCGGCAUGGAGCCCGGUAAGACCUCUUUCUUCCAGGCUCUCGGUGUCCCCACCAAGAUUGCCCGUGGUACCAUUGAAAUUGUGUCCGACCUGAAGCUCGUCGAGGCCAACACCAAGGUCGGCCCCUCCGAGGCCACCCUCCUCAACAUGCUGAACAUCUCUCCCUUCACCUACGGCAUGGGUAUCUCCCAGGUCUACGACCAGGGCAACUGCUUCCCCGCUGACGUCCUCGACAUCUCCGAGGACCAGCUUCUCAAGUCCUUCACCAGCGCCGUCACCACCAUUGCCGCUGUGUCCCUGGCUAUCAACUUCCCCACCCUUCCCUCCGUCAUCCACUCUUUCUUCAACGGAUACAAGAAGGUUCUCGCUGUCGCUAUCGAGACCGACUACUCCUGGGCCGAGAUCGACGAGCUCAAGGACCGCAUCGCCAACCCCGACGCUUACGCCGCUGCCGCUCCCGCUGCCGGUGCUGCCUCCGGCGGUGCUGCCGAGACCAAGGCUGAGGAGAAGGAGGAGGAGAAGGAGGAGGAGUCCGAUGAGGAUGGCGGCUUCGGCGGUCUCUUCGACUAAAUAUGACUGGAAAUCGGUG